GCAGCUCGAAAACUUUCCCGUCUCGAAGUGAUUUCCUCCCUUGUUUUUACUUCCUGUUUUCUAAGGGAGUCACUUAACUCAGCUCAUUUCUGCUCAUCAGGGCUUCACUGUGCGUCUCUUCCUCUACCGGUAGUUUCCACCGAUCUCUCCGUGCCUCUCGAGACGGAACGCAAGCCGUAUCGACCGCGGGACAUUCACACAUAUAUUCUGCUUUAGAUGGAGGUCGGAGGGCUGGACUCAGUCGUGUCUACGGCUCUAAUGGAUUUUACGUAGACUUGCGUUUUGUUUUAAUGCCUUUUACUGUCUUCCCGUCCGUUUUAUUAUCAUUUCUUGCAUUCGGUUUCCUCCUCGGCGGAGUGUCGACCGCCCCUUUAACUCCAGCAACAAUGUAACUAACUCGAUCGCUUGUUCAUCUAUCUUUCGCCGAUAUCCGUGCGCGUUCGCCGCGUGUAAAGUUUCACGUUAUCGUCACGUUACCGGAUAACUGUUAUUUAUUAGCCAAACUUUGCGAUGGCCGAGCUCCAGCGGCCGACGCUGUGUUGCUGUCGCAAAGUGCUGACCGUGCCCGGUAAGUCCUGCGAGGGCGGCCGGAGUCUGGCUCACUGUCGCCUGGUGGACGUCGCGUCAGCGUCCAACUUCCACAGCUUUAAACUCCGACAUUUCCACCUGGACCUUCACUUGAACUUCGCCGUCAAGAGGAUGACGGGAUGGCAGGUUCUGGAGCUCACGCCCGUCCAGCCCGGCGUCCAAUCUCUCAUUCUGGACACGCAUCCUUCAUUAUUAAUUCAUUCCGUGGACUGUAAGGUGCCCGGCGUGUCCGGUGCUCCUGACGUGUUUAUGUCCCUCACCUACCGAGUAGAACCGUUCACCGAUUACGGAUCCUCUCUGAACAUCAGCCUCCCGGCCGCGGUGAACCGGCCUCACCGGGCUUUCCGUGUCACCAUCCGCUACACGACCACUGACGGCCCUGCGAUUUGGUGGCUGGAUGCAGAGUUGACAUGCGGACAAACCCGACCAUUGGUCUUCACUCAGGGUCACUCGGUCUGCAACCGGUCGUUUUUUCCCUGUUUUGACACACCGGCCGUCAAAAGCACCUACUCUGCCACUGUCAGAGUACCAGAGGGUGUCACAGUGUUGAUGAGUGCCUCAAGAAGUGCAUACUCUAAACAGGACAGGGUUUUCCAGUUCUCCAUGGAGUAUCCUGUCCCAGCCUACUUGGUCGCCCUGGUGGCAGGAGACCUACAGCAUGCAGAUAUUGGGCCAAGGAGUCGUGUGUGGGCAGAGCCCUGCAUCCUGACGUGUGCGGUCAGUAAACUGGGCGGUAGUGUGGAGCGCUGGCUUAAUGUGGCAGAGGGACUCUUUGGCCCUUAUGUAUGGGGAAGGUACGACAUAGUGUUCCUUCCUCCUUCAUUCCCCAUCGUUGCCAUGGAGAAUCCUUGUCUUACCUUCAUAAUUUCCUCCAUACUGGAGAGUCAGGAAUUUCUGCUGAUUGAUGUCAUCCAUGAGAUUGCUCACGGCUGGUUUGGGAACGCAGUCACCAAUGCUACCUGGGAAGAGAUGUGGCUCAGUGAGGGUCUGGCCACUUAUGCUCAGAGGCGCAUUACCACAGAGGCCUAUGGAGAAGCCUUCACUUGCCUUGAGACAGUGUUCCGUCUAGAUGCUCUUCACAGACAGAUGCGUCUUCUUGGAGACAACAAUCCUGUCAGUAAACUGCAGGCCAAAUUUGAGCCAGGUGUAAACCCCAGCAGUCUAAUGAAUCUGUUCACCUAUGAGAAAGGCUUCUGCUUUGUUUCUUACCUCUCACAGCUGUGUGGUGACAUUAAGAGAUUUGAUAGCUUUCUUAGGGCCUACAUUGAGAAGUUCAGAUUCACCAGCGUAAUCGCUCAGGAUCUGUUGGAUUUCUUCCUUGGCUUCUUCCCUGAGCUGAAGGAGAGCUGCGUUGCUCAACGAGAGGGACUGGAAUUUGAGCGAUGGCUAAAUGGCUGUGGUCCGCCGUUAUGUGAACCAGAUCUCUCUGCGGGUAGAGCUCUAACUGGUCCUGUUCAGCACUUGUGUGACCUCUGGGGCACAGACACCCCCGACCCCCAAGUGAUUGCUACAUUUGACCUCUCCUCCUGGAGCACCUUUCAGACUGUCCUCUUUAUGGAUCGACUUCUAGACCGCUCACCUCUGCCUCAAGAGGUGAUGAGUCUUUUGUCAAGCUGCUACUCUGCAAUGUUGGACGGUAUGAACGCUGAAGUCCAGAUUCGAUGGCUGCAGGUUGUAGUGCGGAACAGCUUUUAUCCUGAUCUGCCUCGAGUCCGCAGCUUCUUGCAUAAACAUACCUCAAGGAUGUACACAGUGCCUCUUUAUGAGGAUCUGUGCGGAGGAGUGAUGAAGUGUUUUGCUGUGGAGGUAUUUUAUCAAACUCAGGCCCGUUUGCACCCUAAUCUACGGAGGACGCUUCAGCAGAUACUGUUUCAAAGCAGCGCCCUCAACACCAGCACAGCGCCAUCUCUACUCGUAUCACCAGCCUCUGCCCCUUCCUCAGCCACAGACCCCCCUGCCAACGGGACCAUCGCCCUGCGGGACGUCAAUGUGUCUGCAUGAGAUCACAACUUCUGGGGAGAAGCAGAAGGGUUGAGGUGAAAAGCCAGAAGGACAGGAAAAGGACAGGGUUUGAACUCCUCGGUUCAGACUGGGCAGUAGCAAUGCAUUGUGGGAGGGCAGCGCUGAUGGGUGUACACUCUCUCCAACACUGGGAUGUCUAUUUAAAAAAAGGCAGACACUGAUUUUCAUAAGCUAAACGUAAAGCUGCUCAGGACUGUGGAACAAAAAUAGAGGAUGGAUGUUU